AAAAAUCUGCGUUUCUUGUAUUAGGCCGACACAAUGUAAUUGUUAGUGUAGAGGGGGCAAACAGUGUACAGUGAAAAUCAGCGUUUCUAGAAUAAAAUUGGACCAGCAAAAGGAGGAAAUAAUUAUGGAAAGUGAAGGAAAAAUGUGCUGUUGCUUCCUGAAGAUGAUAACAUUGUUAUAGAAACGAAAAUGAAUUCAAUUUUCUGUCCUCGUAAAUAGGUCGUAAUUAUCUAGGAGAAGAAAAAUAUUUAACGGCCAUUAAAACAAAUGUUUAUAGAAUUGAAGCACCCUUUAGACCAAUGACUACAAUCACCCAUAUAGUACCAACAUAAAAUUAUGUACUAUUGCGUUAUUGGUGCCAACUUUAUAUUGACUUAAUCUUCAGUUAUUCGUCUAUAAAAUAAUUUGUGAUAAAUGAUCAGAAUCAUAGAUAAAAUAUAAAGAAAGAGAAUCGCCAACAUAAAAUUUACUAUUGCAUCACUUGUGCCAACUUUAAGUUGACAAAUCUCUAACUUAACUUAAUUUUGAGUAAUUUAUCUACAAAAUAGCUUGCGAUUAACGAUCAAAAUCAUAGAUUAAUUUUAUAUAUAAAGAAAGGGAAUCACCAAUGUAUUACUAACAAAAUUAUUAACUAUUACGUCAUUUUUCUUAACAUUACAUUGACAAAUCCCUCUAACUUUGAGUUGAGAGUUAUUCAUAUAUAAUAGUCUCUACUCAACGACCAGAAUCAUAGAUAAAUUUAAUGUUCAAAGAAUCAACAAGAUACUACUAUCAAAUUAUUAAUGUUUCUUUAAAUAAUAAUGAAUAUAAGUUUACAGAUACGCCUUAAACGGAAAAUAAGUAUUUUCUGAAAUUAUAAAAUAAGUGGCUAAUGAUAUCAACUAUCAUUCAAUAUUAAAUAUAAAAAAGAAGAGUUACUUUUUGGUUAUGCUAGUUACCUAACCAAAAAUGACUUUAUUUAGAUUUAGGUGGUUGAGAAGAUACAUUAGAAGAAAUACAAAUCCUAUUCCUAUAGAUAGAGCGGCGCUUUGGAAGCAAAGAAUAGCUGUAACUUAUUCGAUUAUCGCUUGGAACGCUUUCGGUUUCGUAGCAUAUAUGAUAUAUCAAGGUAAAGCGGAUUGGGCUAAAUAUUAUGAUGUAAAAUCAGAAGAUGAUGUUAAUGUAUCACCAGGUCACCAAUGGGCCAAAACCCUCGGUAUUGAAAACGCCCAAGUCUAUAGAGUAAAAGGAUUAUCGUUGAAUAAAAUAGAUGAGGAACAAGGUGUAAAUAAUAAAAAAACUUUAGUAGAUGGAUAAUUUUUUUUAUAAAAUAUAAUCACAAAGUUAAGUAGAACUUAUGUAAACUUUAAAAAAUAAAUAACAUUGUUAUUUGGAAUAAAAAAAAUUUAAAAUAAGGAACAGUGUUAAUUGAGUCAUUUGAACUACCUAUUC